AUCCGGCCGUCAGCUAAUCGAAGCCAAUCGGCCGCCAGCUCCAUCGAAGCCGACGUCAGUUCCGAUGUCGAGCCCAAUGACUCUCGCAAGGAUAGUUUUCCGUUUCAUAUAAUAUAAGAACUUCGUUAACAAUAAUUGAUAUAUAAAAAAAUACUCUUGAAUCGCCAAAAAUCUUAAACAAAAAAAUUAAAAUGUUAAUUUUUGCACAUGAACAUAUUUUUGAUAAUUCAAAUAUUUUUAACGACGUUCAUAGCGCUAUUCAUUUAUUACGUAAGACAAUUUUUACCAGUUUGUUACCCCUAUGCAAGAAAAAAUAAGAAUAGGCCAACCCCCAGUCCAGACGGGAUCUCCUAGUAGGUAAGUAUUAUAUUCUUUGGACGGUAUGAGAUCGAUAUGAUCGAAAAAGAAAUUAGCGUCUUUUGAGGAAUUCAUUUUUUGAUUUACAUUAAUUUUCAAUGGUGAUAUUGCGGCGCUCUGAAUAAAUGCAAAUCGUCACAAAUUGGUAUUCUUGUGUGUACACCUCUAUUUAAUCGGUAAUAUCGGUCAUAAUCGGCGAACCAAAAUUGCGUUUGCGUCGACACUUGGUCGACAUCACCUGGCCGUGUGAAACGGUCCCCUAUCGAAACACAAGCGUUGAAGAGUUUGCGUACAAACGUCUUAACGAACGGUUACAAUAUCUGAAGAAACGCCUCAAAUACGUCAAUGUCAAUGUCACUUUCCAUUUCACAAUGUCAUAUCAUUGCAAAUCCAAGUACACCUGAAGUACUUACACAAAGUUUCUCACAUUGUUCGAACAUUCGAACUGGAUGUCUAAUUACCAUAAUUACAAUUGCCAUUAAAACGGAUGCAAUUUCAAGGUGUUUACAUUAUCUAGCAAUGAUUUACGCCAUAUAAAGUGCGUUUAACGUUUUCAAACUCGAUAGGAGUCGUCAAAGUGUUAGUGAUUUUUUUUCGAAAUAAAUCUCGAAAAUGAGCCGCUGUGAUUUCAAAAUAGUGUUGUUAGGUAGCGAACAUGUUGGGAAAACGAGUUUGGUGAUCAGAUUUGUGAAUUGCAGCUUUAAUGCAGGAACUCCGUAUCAAAACACUAUUGGAGCAGCCUUUUGUGCUAAAACCAUGCGCUCGGAUGGCCGAGACUUCAAUGUUGGCAUCUGGGACACCGCCGGCAGUGAAAGAUAUGAAGCAAUGACGCGUAUGUACUACAGAGGCGCGCACGCCGCUGUCAUCUGCUACGAACCAUCUUCUCUUCUCUCCUGGUCCAGGCUGAGGCACUGGCUCACAGAACUGAGGACAGUCGAAGAGGAUUGCAAAGUGUACCUUUGCGGCACUAAAAAGGACCUUUUGGACUCCGGCCUCGCUCAGCGCGAGGUCCCAGAGGAGACCGUCGCCACGUACAGCCAGGGCCUGAGGGGACAUUUCCUGACCUCUAGCAAAACUGGCGAGAAUGUGGAGGAACUUUUCCAAAAGAUCGUGGACGACUGUGCGUCCGACAAGCGAGUGAUGAAAAACGUCGAGGACCUGCGAGUGCAGAUACUGAAAGACGAAGCUGCGUACCGCGCUAAAGACAAGAAAUAUUGCUUGUGUUGAACUCACUAACACUAAGGAACGCUGCCACAGACGCUAGCUUUUGAGCGUCGGCGUCAAUACAAUACAAUACAAUACAUAUACUCUAUUGCACACAUCAAUACAGAAAUAAUACAAAGAAGAGAACAUUAAGAAUAGGUAAACAACAGGCGGUCUUAUCGCUAAAAAGCGGUGUCUUCCUGACAACCUUUAGGUAGCUGUAUUAAAUAUUUUUUUCUCAUGUUAGUAGGUGUUCCAGAGGCAAUAAAAGAAGAACGGCACAGAAUAUACACAAAAAAAUAUAUACAAAUAAUAAAAAAAAACAUAUAGUCAAGUCAGCGCUGUGGAAAUGCCAUUGCCGCGUAGUUGCGCCGACGUUGCGUCGAGCGGCCGCCACGGAGUCGACCACACCACACCAUACCACACCACACCACACCACACUACAUCACACCACACCACACUACAUCACACUACAUCACACCACACCACACUACAUCACACCACACCACACUACAUCACACCACACCACACUACAUCAUACCACACCACACUACAUCACACCACACCACACUACAUCACACCACACCACACCACACAACACCACACUACAUCACACCACACUACAUCACACCACACCACACUACAUCACACCACACCACACUACACGCCGCCGCUCGGAAGUCGCUAGUGACGGGUGACUCUAAAACUACUAAUUUACAGCGAGCCUAGAACAUAGUAACAUAUUCGCCUAAAUAAACACUUUUUUUUGCAAUUUCAUGUCUCUCAGAAUAGGUACUCGGAUUAUUUGAACAAGUCAACCUAUAUACACGGUGUUUUUUGUAAAGUCCGUUAAUUUCAAGGGUGCAUUCCUUAGCUUAAAUCGAAAGAUAUAUUGAUUGAGUAAGAUGUGUAAAAUCUAAGACAAUUUCGUACUUCGAAUUUGACAGGUCAACGAUAUGGCGCUAAACAACUCCAUACAUUUUGCGAUAACUCUGAUUGUCAAAUGUUGACAUUUGACAAUUCAGUGACCGCAAAACAUAUGGCGCAGCACAGCGCCAUCUGUUUUGGAUGUCAAACUAAGGGGUACGUUUUUCAAUCACUCUGCUUAAAUUAAGUAACUUUCUCAAAGAAACCGGUAUUCUAAUUAACUCAAUUUUGGAGAUAAUUAAUAAUUUAUUUUUAUCUGAUAAGACCCAUACGAGCGUGUACACUUGCUUUAGGGCCUGUCUACAUAUUAAUUAGUGUUCAGUAUGAGUUUAUACAUCUGCUACUAAACGCAAGUAAUAUUUCGGACGAUCAAUAUUCGAAAUUUCAUUGAUAUGUCAAAGUUUUAAAUAAUUUGUUAGAUUUAAAUAUAAUGUCCGUGUUACAACAACGCUAUUAAUUACUUUUUACGAAAAAUUAUGCCAUUCAGUUUGCUUAAAUGUACUUAGCCGUACGAAGUUAACGGAGUUUAAAAACACACCGUGUAUAAGAGAAACCAGAACAAAUGUAAUAUGUUGGGGUAAAAUGUUGAUAAAAUAUAUUAAAUGUAACGUUUUGAAGUUGUCAUACAUCCUGUAUCUACUUAAAUGAAACAAGAGCCUGUAGGUGUAAGCUUAGUAGCUAUUGUAAUAGUUUGUGUACCCAUUAAAGGCCCCAGAACCGGAUGACCUCAGGAAUCGGACCCGGGCACGUCCUUAAACUACGUCCAAAAGGGAGGUAUGGGUAUUGUGAAUGAUAUCUCGCUUUGUGUGGUAGGGCACAGCGCAGCGGAUGUCAUUCCAGAUCUGGAACAGAGCCCAACUGGGGAAAUACCUCCACCUUACAGAAAACAGCAGCCAUAUAACACUAGACCCUACUCAUAGUGUUGUGUUCCUGCCGGUGAGUAAGGUUGCCAGAGCUCAACGAGGGUGCGGAGUGUUAGGGUCGGCAACUCUGGAAUCUAUAGGCUACGGUGACUGCUUACCAUCAGAUAUAGGCAGCCCCUCUACGAAAGAGUGAGUUUAACCAAAGAGAAUUUGAAAUAGAGGUGGAUUGUCAAAGUAAACUUUGUAGCUACAGUAAAUUUACUGCCAUCUUUUGACACAUGAUUAAAACUUUUCGAACGCCAUUUGACUUAGAUCCUUAUUCUUUCACUGAUAUGUGUAAAUUUUGUUAAAUAUCAAAAAGUGGCUACAAAGUUUUGUUAGAUAAUCCAUCUCUUUUUCAAAUUCUCUUCGGUUUAUGUAACACGAGUUCGUAAUUCCUGCACCGCCCGCGGCACACAAUGUUUUUCAUCAUAUUUGUGAGAAAAAAAGGAAAAUAAUCAUUACAGCCCUCCCUUACGGACCGCAUCGUCUACGUGUAACGAGAAAGUGUGAUGAAAACAGCUUUACAGUACAUAUGGUGCUACUUUACCGCCCUAGUGCGGUGCGGCGCACUAUACGUGCGUAGGUUGAAAAUGUAAAGGCCCGUAUAUACUGUAAAGCGUUGUACAAUACACGUGCGACAUUCGAAUUUAUGUACUAUUGUGUGUGUUUUAAUUUGUGUACACAACCAAUUAACUAUAUGUUGAUUAUAUGAAUUAGGAUACCAUUUAUAUUCCUUCCAAGUGCCCCUUAUUCGCUUUAUUUAAUGUAUACUUAAAGAAGCUUUUAUUAGAAAUGUAUUUAAGUUUUAAAUGAAUUGACUAAGAACAUUAUAUCCUAAUAUAGAAACAAAGUAAUAUGUCACAAUCGUCUUUAUCGUGAAGCCCGAUGUCCUGUUUUUAGGAUAAAAUGUAUUCAUAUGGAGCGCGGUAUUUCUGGACCGGUAUGACCUUCAAACCUUUAAGAAAAGAGCGUACUCCCAUUUUAAGGUCGGCAACGCACUUGCAACCCCUCUGCUGUCCAUGGGCGACGGUCAUUACUCUCUAUCUCGUUUCUCUCCUAUAUCAUAACAAAAUUGUCGUAGUGUCCUACUUUUAGGACACUGGGUUGAUUUUAUAUACUUGAAGUAGAUGAGUAGUAUUAUAUUAUAGAUUAUUCAUGUAAUGUCUGUUCUCUGGAUGUCUAUAGCGUUAUAUAAAUCGCUUCUAAAAUCUCCGUAAAGCCUUAAAAGCAUGAGAUGAGUUUUAAAUAAAAGAUUCACACAGAAAUACAAGUUCUAAUUAGCCUCUCCGGACUGAAAAGUUAAUAAAGUAUCAAUAAUUCUGUGCAAUUUAUAGUAUUUUUCUGGCUUUAAUGAUUAGAUUUUGUCCUAAAAAUAGGCUCAUGGGCUUGAGGGGGUUGUACCAAGUAGCUAUAAUUAUUUGUUGCCAUAAGUUGUGUGUAGCUAUUGUAUAUAAUCAAAUGUCGCAAUAUGUUAAAAUAAAUGCUUUAUAUUUUCCA